ACAAUUCGUACAUUUUGGCCACCCUGCAGAUUAAAGGAAUAUUUGAGAUUUUUGCGACGGAAUUUGUGUUAAAAAUCUUUUCAGAUGUUAAAAAAAUGAAAACUCGGGCCUACUCGUUUGAUGAUAAGACUCCGUGGUCUGGAAGAGAGGGGGUAAGAUCUAGAUCUAGGUCUAGCUCUACACCUAGACGGGCUCCGAACCAGGUCUAUGGAGGGAUGAUAGCCCCGGAUAUAGAGGGAGGGAAGGGGGAGGAGUGUCUAGGAGAUUCAGACUGGAGUUGGAAUAAUAUCAAGAGUAGGAUCUCACACCAGUAUACCAAACUCAGAACCAGGUUUAUCUGGUCGCCGAGGCUUGAAUUUCCUGCCUGGAGAUGGGACAGAAACUUUGAUUGGCUUUCAAGAACACAUUUCCAGAAACGAGGAGUUAUACUGCGCAACAAACAUCGGAGAAAAAUCCUUGAAAAGUUAGAAAUUGACACUGACAAAACAGAAAUCAAAUUUAAGCCAAACAAAUUUAAGUCUGCCAAGUAUACUAUUCUCAGCUUCCCUGUUCUUAAUCUUUUAGAGCAGUUCAGAAGAGGAGCUAACUUCUACUUUCUGGUGUCUAUGGUGCUAACCCUCCUGAUAGACUCCCCCAUCUCCCCGUACACCUGGAUGAUGUCCCUCGUCUUCGUUAUUAUCGUCACUAUGAUCAAACAAGCUUACGAAGACUAUCUCAGGCAUAAAGAAGACGCGAGGAUAAACAAGAGACCAGUUCAUAUUAUUAAGAAGGGGAAGAAGGCUGUAGUUCAUAGUGAACAGAUCAUGGUUGGAGAUAUACUGGUACUACAUGAACAUGAAACUGUGCCUUGUGACGUUGUGUUGUUGAGUAGCUCACAUAAAAAUGGUCAGUGUUUUAUAGAAACUUCGAACCUAGAUGGAGAAACCAGCCUGAAAACAAGGUUUUCUCCUGGUAUAACGAGAGGUGCUAAAUCUGUGAGAGAGAUCUCCACCCUUCACGGUUGUAUUGAAUGUGAGAAUCCGAAUCCUAAACUGGAUACGUUCCUGGGUAAUCUCACUCUGUGGAACUGUGAAGAGAAUUCAGAACCAACGGUUCAUGUUCUUAGUAAUGAUAAUGUUCUGUUGGCUGGAAGUGUACUGAAGAACACAGAAGAAGUGUUCACCUGUUGUAUUUACUCUGGAAUCCAAACAAAGAUUAGUUUGAAUUCAAAAAUUACAAGUAACAAAUUCUCUACUACCGAGAAAUCGUUAAACAGAUAUCUUGUCUUCCUUGUGAGUGUUUUAGUCAGCGAGAUGGUGAUUUCAACUAUUCUUUCAUUCUCAUACAACUAUGAACUGACAAGGAGCCCUCAACUCUACUUCUCUUCUGUUGCCAAAAUCCUCCGCUUUUUUGGUGCAGACAAGGAUACUUAUCUUAAUAUGACCAAUAUACAAAGACCAGAGUAUCGUGAAAGUCUUACGAAACUGCUUGGAUUUCAGGCUAUUAAAAACUAUCCAGAUACAUACUAUAUCCAGCACCCUACAGUCUGGUAUCUUGAACAGGUUGAAGACAUUAAUUUUGUUUUGAUACUCGAAGUGUUGUUGUUGUGGAUGGUUUUAUACAAUUAUAUUAUUCCAUUAUCUGUUUACGUUUCAUUGGAGUUUAUUAAAGUUCUCUCCAGUCUACAAUACACUUGGGACACAGAGCUUUAUGAUGUUGAAACUAAUGAACCAGCUCAGUGCCAUACAUCUGAUAUAAACGACGAGCUGGGACUUAUUACUCAUCUCCUAACAGAUAAAACAGGAACAAUAACUAAGAAUGAGAUGGUUUUAAAGAUGAUACUGAGAGGAGAGGAAACUUUCCUUCUAGAUUCAGAUUUCCCGCAGGGCUGGGACCGGUUCAUGAUGGUUCUCUGCCUUUGCCAUUCAGUUCAAGUAUCGGAUGGUAACUUUAUAGCGUCUAGUCCUGAUGAGAAGGCACUGCUAGAAAAAUGUCAGGAGAACAGGUUUGUAUAUACUGGUGAGCAGCUUGAGGGUCAGGUUGCCGUGAAUGUGAGGGGUCAACUGUAUUCCUUUGCUAAACUAGCAGAGCUUCCCUUCGAUUCUGUUCGGAAAUGCAUGACAGUGAUUGUUAGAGAUGCCGAUGGAAUUAUUCAUGUUCUUACAAAAGGAGCUGAAUGCAAAAUGUUUAAAGCUUGCACAUCCGGUAAUAUUGACAAGGCAAGUGAAGAAAUAGAUUGUUUUGCAAACAUGGGACUGCGAACCCUAGCGGUGGGAUAUAAAACUAUAAAUGAAGAUCAGCUCAACAGCUUUCUUGAAAGCUUGGCAGGGGCCUCCACCUCUAUAGUGAACCGGGCAAAGUAUGUCCGUGAGGUUUAUGAGGAACUAGAGCAAGGUCUAGAGUUACUGGGUGCUACAGGUAUAGAAGAUAAACUGCAAGACGAUGUUCCUGAAACAAUUUAUGCUCUCAAAAAGGCUGGAGUAAGAAUAUGGAUGCUCACAGGCGACAAGAAGGAAACUGCUAUCAAUGCAGGGCAUUCUGCAGGAAUUCUGCAAUUGGAUUCUAAAUUGAUCGAUUUAUGCGACAUAACCGAUUAUCGUGAUAUAGCCCCGCUAAUGGCUCAAAUAGCUGGAGAGGAAGUGGAAGAGGAGAAGGAGACUUCAAUGAUAGUCGAUGAUAAAUCUAUCACAAACAUAUUCAAGGCUCCUGAGAGCAUCAAACAAUUCCAAGCGGUCAGCCUAAAAUGUUCCACAGUUAUUGCCUGCAGGCUUUCACCCAUUCAGAAGAGCCAGAUUGUUCGUUUAGUCAAGGAAGCUGACUCAAAUUAUGUCACAGCUGCAAUUGGAGAUGGUGGAAAUGAUAUUUCAAUGCUUCAGGAGGCCCAUGUUGGGUUUGGAAUUAUCGGGAAAGAGGGUCGGGCAGCUGCGCAGGCAUCAGAUUUUGCGUUCUCCAAGUUCAAGUAUCUACGCAGAUCUAUCCUGGUUCAUGGACAAUGGUUCUACGUGAGAUCGGCUUUUCUAGUUCAGUAUUCCUUCUACAAGAAUAUUGCUUGCUUCACAGGCCAAGUUUUUUACAUGUUGUACUCCAAUUACAGCGCCAUGACGUUGUUCGAGAGCACAUUUUUAUUCUGCUUUAACACCCUGUAUACUUCAGUACCUGUAUUGAUCUACUCUGUAACGGAGCAGAACUACUCCUCUGCAACCCUACUCCGAAAUCCUAGUCUUUACUCUGAUAUUAGAUACAACAAACUGAUGUCAAAAAACGCAAUAUUUAGGUGGAUGUGCUACGCUGUCUGGCAUUCACUAGUCGUCUUCUUUCUUUGGUAUUUUCUCUACCAGGAGUUUACAGUAUACUGUGAGAAGGAUGUAUUCUAUCUCCAAAGUGUUGUGGCACAAACCUCUGUGAUAAUUGUCAAUCUUAAGGUUCUACUUGAGGCAAAUUAUUGGACAGCUCCUUUAAUCAUCUCCGUUCUUCUCUCAAUCCUCUCCUACUUUGCCUUCACAUUGUUCUACUACACCGUGGGGCCCAUGAACAACUUCCUGGUCGACAACAGUGAUAUCUAUAUGAGCUACAUGACCGCUUUAUCUGAGCCCGAGGUUUGGUUGUGUACACUUCUAGCAGUUGUUCUAGGUAAAUAUAGAGAGGGUGUCCUCAGCAUCAGCUUUUAAGGGAGUCUUGACAUA